CCACAUCGCAUUAUCUGCUCUCCCUUUCGCGGUAUCCACAAGUUCAUCGUAGAAAGAGUCUUCAAGGUCUUUCGGACCAUUAAUAUUCGAACAUGACAUCCAAAAAUGGCGCAAGCAAGGCAACUGAAUCAAAAAAGAUGUCAUCCAUCAGUUUAGGCAAACUAAAAAAAACUUCAACUACUCAAGCCCCAGUAAUUUCAAGCGGUAUUCCUACAAACGUGGACAACGAUGAUGAUAUUAUGAUCGAUUUAGACACACCAGCACCACUGGUUGGACCUAGUUCGACUGUUAACAAACCCCAAGAAGGAGAGGAUACCUUAAUGCAGUUUGGUGAAGUUAAGGAGCAAAAGAACGCAAAAGGUCUUACACAGACUGCCAAGGUUCCAAUCCCACCACAUCGAAUGACUCCUCUAAAAGCAUCAUGGCCACAGAUCUAUACCCCACUAGUAGAAGAGCUAGGCUUACUAGUACGAGUCAAUCCAAGCGGUCGUCGGAUAGAACUCAAGACAUCGAAACACACUCUUGCUCCAGCUUCUUCUACAAUGACUAAAGCUAUGAAUUUUUUACAAUGUUUCAACCUUGGGUUUGCAGUAGAAGAUGCAGUAGCAUUAUUAAGAAUUGAAGAAAUCUAUAUCGAAUCAUUUGAAAUUAAGGAUGUCAAAGCCUUAACUGGUGAUCAUUUGAGUCGUGCUAUUGGACGAAUUGCUGGUAAAGAUGGUAGAACUAGGUUCACUAUUGAAAACACCAGUCGAACAAGAAUCGUGUUAGCUGAUACGAAAAUCCACAUCUUAGGGUCUUUUGCUUCUAUUCGAAUAGCACGUGAUGCGAUUUGUGCCCUAAUUCUUGGUUCGCCCCCUGGAAAAGUUUAUCACGGGUUGCGCACAGUUGCUGCUCGACAACGUGAACGUUUUUAGUUCAAUCUAUUUCUUUUGAAAAUGCUACAUCUUGAUACAUAGCCUUUUAUUCAGCGAGCACGACCCGCUUCUCUUGAUAAGGAGGUCUCUCUGGUCAUCUCCUUUGACCCUUUAGCUUUUCUAUCCCACCAUUAUGGAUCGCCAGUUUACCGUGAAGCCAUGAUCAUGCCGGUUUUUCGACUGUCUUAUACCGAUCACCAGGACCCACACCUGUGGAUAACGGAUCCUUUUUCAAGUGCAUGUGAACAACCAUAUCAAUGAUUCCAAAAGAAAAUGUUUACAGGCUUUUAAGCCUCGAUUUCAAUAUCUAGACAGACGUUUUUCAAGUCGCUUUGUGAUGUGUUACUAUCUUUCCUUGACCAGAAUGAAAAUAUCAGUUUUUGCACUAAAGUAC